CCCGCCCCCACCGGUGGCUUGGUUUGGUUUCUUCCCGGGAUUCUCCGCUACGCUUGCUCUCCGACCUUUGAUAUUGUCCGAAUCACGGAGAAGAUCGCGGAAGUCUCGCGCGGCUUGGCGCGGCUUGCGGAUGGCGGCGGCAGUGGCUGCCUAAGUCGCGUUUCCUCCUCGGAACGGGUGGGGGCCUGGCAGAGGCGGUUUGCCUCCCCCCACAUGAGGGAGAGCGGAGGGGGGCGGCAGGCCCCUCCCCCUCCCCGCCCUCCUGAGGGAUGAAGGCGGCCCAGGGGGGCGCCGAGGAUUCAGAAAAACUAAAUAAAAUGAGUUCCCUUUUGGAAAGGCUUCAUGUCAAGUUUAAUCCCAACAGCAGACCUUGGACAGAAACUAUGAAGCUUGUCCGGCAAGUUAUGGAAAAACGAGUUGUAAUGAACUCUGGAGGUCACCAGAAUCUUGUCAGCUGCUUGGAAACUUUGCAGAAGGCCUUAAAAGUGACAACGCUGCCUGCCAUGACAGAUCGCUUGGAGUCCAUUGCUAGACAAAAUGGCCUUGGAUCUCACCUUAGUGCAAAUGGUACCGAGUGUUACAUAACUUCAGAUAUGUUCUAUGUGGAAGUCCACUUGGAUCCUACAGGGCAGCUGUGUGAUGUCAAGGUGGCACAUCAUGGAGAAAACCCUGUGAGUUGUCCAGAGUUGGUGCAGCAUCUAAGAGAAAGAAACUUUGAUGAAUUUUCUAUGCAUCUGAAGGGUCUUGUCAAUCUGUAUCAAAUGCCGGGUGACAACAAACUCAAAACUAAAAUGUAUUUGGCUCUUCAGUCCUUGGAGCUGGAUCUUUCAAAGAUGGCAGGGAUGUACUGGCAAGCUACCAAUGCAAGCCCUUUGGACAAGAUUCUGCAUGGGAGUGUGGGCUUUCUCACUCCAAGAAGUGGAGGUCACCUGAUGAAUCUAAAGUAUUAUGUUUCACCCUAUGAUUUGUUUGAAGAAGGUACCGGAGCUCCCGUCAUUCUAAAUGAGAACAACGUCCCACGAAACCUGGGUAUGAACGUUUGUGUUACAAUUGAGGGAACAUCACCUAUGAACAAACUUCCAAUUGCUCCCCUCAUUAUGGGGUCUCAUCCUGUGGACAACAAAGGGACACCCUCCUUCUCCUCAAUCACCAGUGCCAACAGCGUUGAUUUGCCAGCUUGCUUCUUCCUGAAGUUCCCAAGACCUGUUCCAGUGUCUCGGGCUUUCAUUCAGAAACUUCAGAGCUGCACAGGCAUCCCAUUGUUUGACGCACCCCCAGCAUAUGUCCCUUUGUAUGAACUUAUAACACAGUUUGAGCUAUCCAAGGAGGUGGACCCUGGACUGUUGAACCACAAUAUGCGCUUCUAUGCGGCUCUGCCAGGACAGCAGCACUGCUACUUCCUUAACAAAGAUGCACCUUUGCCAGAUGGACGAAGCCUUCAAGGAAUUCUACUUAGCAAAAUUGCUUUUCACCACCCUAGUCGGGUGCCUCUCAUCCUCAACUUGAUUAGGCAUCAGGUGGCCUACAACACACUGAUAGGCAGUUGUGUCAAGAGAACAGUCUUAAAAGAAGAUUCCCCAGGGAUCCUGCAGUUUGAAGUCUGUCCCCUGUCUGAUUCCUGCUUCAGUGUGUCCUUUCAGCAUCCAGUAAAUGACUCCUUAGUUUGUGUGGUCAUGGAUGUACAAGAUUCUACCCAUGUGAACUGUAAAUUGUAUAAAGGGCUCUCUGAUGCACUCAUCUGCACAGAUGACUUCAUUGCUAAAGUCGUUCAAAGAUGCAUGUCAAUUCCUGUGACUAUGAGAGCCAUCCGGAGAAAGGCUGAGACAAUCCAAGCUGACACGCCAGCAUUGUCCCUUAUUGCUGAGACAGUUGAAGACAUGGUGAAGAAGAACCUACCACCUGCUAGCAGCCCUGGUUAUGGCAUGACCGCAGGCAACCCAAUGAGCGGUACUACCACUCCAACCAGCACUUUCCCUGGGGGGCCCAUCUCCACCUUGUUCAACAUGAGCACGAUCAUAAAAGAACGUCAUGAUUCGGUGGGCCAUGGGGAGGACUUCAGCAAAGUGUCUCAGAACCCCAUUCUUACCAGCUUGCUGCAAAUCACAGGCAAUGUGGGCUCCACCAUUGGCUCCAGCCCCACUCCUCCACACCACACACCUCCCCCUGUGUCAUCUCCUGCGAGCAACACCAAGAAUCACCCCAUGCUCAUGAACCUGCUGAAAGACAAUCCAACUCAAGAUUUCUCAACGCUCUAUGGAAGCAGCCCUCUUGAGAGGCAGAACUCCUCGUCUGGCUCCCCAAGGAUGGAAAUGGGACCAGGAGGCAACAAACAAAAGAAGAAAAAAUCACGCAUCCUAGUGGAGAAACCCAAGCAUCAAACAGAAGAUGACUUCCAGAGAGAGCUGUUCUCCAUGGAUGUUGAUUCUCAGAACCCCAUCUUCGAUGUCAACAUGACCACUGACACCUUAGAUACCCCGCAUAUUACUCCGGCACCCAGUCAGUGCAGUACUCCACCGACAACCUACCCACAGUCUAUACCUCAUGUCCAGCCCAGUAUUCAGAGGAUGGUCCGACUCUCCAGUUCAGACAUCAUUGGUGCCGACGUCACAGAUAUCCUUUCUGACAUAGCAGAGGAAGCAUCCAAGCUACCAAGCACCACUGAAGAUUGCCCUCCCAUUGGAACACCAGUGAGGGACUCAUCCAGUUCAGGACAUUCUCAAAGUGCCCUGUUUGACCCUGAUGUCUUUCAAUCAAACAACAGUGAAAAUCCCUACACUGACCCAGCUGACCUGAUUGCUGAUGCUACUGUGAGCCCAAACAGUGACACUUCGAAUCAGUUUUUCCCUGAUGGAGUUGAUUUCAAUCCUGACCUCCUGAACAGCCAGAGCCAAAGCGGUUUUGGGGAAGAAUAUUUUGACGAUAGCAGCCAGAGCGGGGAUGCUGAUGACUUCAAGGGCUUUGCACAACAAACGAUAAGUACUCUGGGUGUGCAGGUGCUGGGGGGAGAUGGAGGGGAGAGUAAAUUCAAGGCAAGCAGCCAAGCGGACACUGUCGACUUUAGUAUUAUCACUGCUGCCAGCAAGGCUCUGGGAGUCUCUGAUGUCAUGGAGCAUCAUAGUGGAAGCCAGAGCCCCUUACUGAGCACAGGAGAUUUGGGGAAGGAAAAGUCGCAGAAGCGGGUCAAAGAGGGUAAUGGAUCCGGGAGUUCCUUAACGGGCUCUGGGCUGGAUGGAAAGGGUGGAAAACGCAGCCGCACCCCAUCCAGUGAUGGGAAGAGUAAAGAAAAGGUACAGAAGCGGAGGAAGGUGGAGCCAGAAGGCAAAUCUCCCUCUCAUAGUUCAUCCACCAGGCCUUUCACCCCACCAGCAAGCACAGGUGGCUCAAAAUCUCCUGGAAGUUCAGGCAGGUCUCAAACUCCCCCUGGGGUAGCCACUCCUCCCAUUCCCAAAAUCACCAUCCAGAUUCCCAAGGGAACAGUGACGGUUGGCAAACCCUCCCACGGGCAGUACACAAGCAGCGGCUCAGUCUCCUCUUUGAGCAGCAAAAGUCACCACAGUCAUUCCUCCUCCUCGUCUUCUUCUUCCUCGUCGUCAUCAUCCUCGUCCUCUUCGUCUUCCUCAUCGACCUCGGGCAAAAUAAAGAGCAGCAAAUCGGAUGGGUCUUCUGGGUCCAAGAUGAGCAGCAGCCUCUACUCGGGCCAAGGCGGCUCUGGAUCAGGUCAGUCCAAAAGCUCCACCCAAUCAGUGGGCAAGCCUGGGUCCUCCCCCAUCACAAAACACGGCCUCAGCAGCGGCUCUGGAGGUAGCAAGAUCAAACCUCAAGGGAAGCCUUCAUCGCUUAUGAGCCCUUCCAUGAGUAAACCAAACAUUUCUCCUUCUCAUUCUAGACCCUCGGGCGGUUCUGACAAGCUGGCCUCUCCGAUGAAACCCGUUCCAGGUACUCCCCCGUCGUCUAAAGCAAAGUCCCCUAUUAGUUCCGGUUCUGGAGGUUCACACAUGUCUGGGACAGGAUCAAGCUCAAGCAUGAAGUCCUCUUCAGGGAUGGGGUCGUCCGGUUCCAUGUCCCAGAAGCCACCCUCUGCUUCGAAUUCGUCGACAGGAUCAUCAUCUUCCUUUUCAUCCGGCAGUUCUUCCAUGUCCUCAUCUCAGAAUCAGCACGGGAGUUCCAAAGGCAAGUCCCCAAGCCGGAACAAAAAACCAUCUUUGACUGCUGUCAUUGACAAGCUCAAGCAUGGCGUUGUUACUAGUGGCCCUGGUGGAGAAGAUUCUGUGGAUGGACAGCUGGUCCAAAGUUCCAGUUCCUCAAGUCACUCCAUAUCCUCCAAACACAACCUGUCUGGAAGUGAAUUGCAAGGGAAGCGGGAGAGAAGCGACAAGGAAAAGUCCAAAGUAUCUGUUUCAGGAGGCUCCUCUGACUCUUCUAAGAAGGUAUCUGAUUCAAAGAAUGUUGGAAGCACUGGAGUAGCCAAGAUAAUCAUCAGCAAACAUGAUGGCGGUUCUCCUAGCAUCAAAGCCAAAGUCACCUUGCAAAAACCUGGGGAAGGAAGUGGAGAUGGCCUGAGGCCUCAGAUGACAUCUUCCAAAAGUUAUGGAUCACCAUUGAUAAGUGGGUCUACUCCAAAGCAUGAGCGCUGUUCUCCCAGCCACAGCAAGUCUCCUGCGUAUACCCCCCAAAACAUCGACAGUGAAAGUGAGUCAGGAUCGUCCAUAGCAGAGAAAUCCUAUCAGAACAGCCCCAGCUCCGAUGAUGGAAUUAGGCCUCUUCCAGAAUACAGCUCAGAAAAGCAUAAGAAGCACAAAAAGGAGAAAAAGAAAGUGAAAGAUAAAGACCGUGACAGGGAUAGGGAUCGUGACAAAGAGAGGGACAAAAAGAAAACCCACAGCAUUAAGCCAGAGAGCUGGUCUAAGUCCCCCAUCUCUUCAGAACAGUCUCUGUCUAUGACAAGCAGUGCCAUUCUUGCAUCAGACAGGCCAUCUAGACCUAGUCCUGAUUUUUUGAUUGGGGAGGAAGAUGAUGAUCUCAUGGAUGUUGCCCUAAUACGAAAUUAAGAAUAUUUGCUGGGUGGUGUUCCAUUUAGGUUUUUUUUUAAGAUUUUUGUUUCAUUUUUUAGAGCUUUGGUUAUGCACAGUAACCAAAUGGUUUCCAGUACAAACAAAUCCUUUCAUUUGUACAAUCCUCUUGAUGGAUGGACUGUAAUAAGAAAUUUUUUUAACUCCUGGAAUUUUAUAUGAACACACACUCACACUCACACACUUUCAUCUAAUCUCUACCACAAAGAACUGAUAUACCAGAGGUAUAAGCCUGUCACAUGCCUGUAAAUUUUCAAGAUAUAACUGAAACUUAGGCAGAAGCUAAAUAUUUUACAUGUUUUAAUGAAAUCACUUUUUUCUCUUGCACCACUGUUUUUGGGAUCGUUUCUUUUCUGAUGCAUAUUUUUAAACAUUUUUAGCAUUCUGGAAUGAAGCCUGAUUGGUUUUUAUUAUUCAUAUUUAUAAAAAGAGCAGGAAAGUAGUUCCACUUUUAAAACAAUUAGUGGAAUUCAUUUAGGGUCUGAUAUCUCCCCAUUUCCCAAAGGUGUUGGUUGAUUGCCUUCUCCUGUUAAAGAGAAAAUCUGAAAUGAGCUUUCUGUGUUCAACAGAUCGCACCAUUUUAUUUGUUCCUCAUCCACACUAUGAAGUAUUUUAAUAUAAGUCUGUUGUAUCAUUACUGCCAUUUCAUUUAAUCUUUUGGAUUAUCAAUUGUUUUUAUAUACCCAGGAAAGCUCUGUUGGCUUCCAUUCAUACCUUCUGUAUUAUAUGGGGCAAGACUUUAACUUGGUUAAUUAAGGGAUCUGAGGAAUGUAGAGUUUUGGAUUUCUCAGCAGCUGUUGAUGAAGUUCAAAAUUCCUACCUGGGUGAGAACACCAUUAUGAAAUGUGGAAGUUAUGCCCUUUUAGCCUUUAGUGGGUCCAGCUCACUGGCAUUAUGGUUGUGGGGUCUGUUCAUUCAUUGGUAUGGGAGCCACUGUAGCAUGGCGUCUUCUCAUGUCACUCCAGAAACUUUGAGAACAUUAAAGUCACAUUGGAGAAGCUGACAAUGCACCUGCAUGCUUCCCAUGGCAGUGUUACCUCACCUCCCGAGAAGGGUGAUGUGAUUUCAUUUUUGACUCUUCCAACAUAUCUUCAGAGCUCUAGUAUUACCACUACAGAAUAGAAGAAGCUACACUUUUGCAGCUCACAUGCCAGUAAGAACCAGGCCAGUUGUAAAGAAGCCUGUAAUGUUUGAAUGUUCAAUACAUAUGCUUAGCUUAGCACUCCUGUUCCUAUCUUGUUACAAAUUGAGGGGAAUACUCUAGAACAUUUGCUUAACAUACCAUCUAUAUCCAGUGCUGCCAUAGUAGACUAAGAUUCCCUCUGAGAAUUUACCUUGUGUUCUAAGAUUCCCUCUUAGAAUUUACCUUGGUUCACAGACUGUGAACCAAAGCUCUGUGGGCCUCUAUCACACACACACACCCCUACCUCUGUGUGAGCAGCUAAUACUUUGUUCUCUUCAGCAUCUUUGUAUGGAUCCUGAUAUUCACGAGACUAGGACAGCCCCUGGUCAUACAGAGCUUCAAGUGUUACCAGAGCAUCUAAAUUGGGCAUGGGCAUACUUCAGGGCUUUGUGAUAGCUAACCAUGCAUCUAAAACUGUUUGCACCCUUAUAAGGUUGUAUGUCAUGGGUCUGCUCCACCAUUUGUUUUCCAUGAUUGAGAAUCUGAGCUAUUGGAGAGAGGGAGAAAAGAAUGAGCAAACUCAUUCUCACUCUCUGUAGAGUAACCCCUGACUUGCACUCUCUGUUUCCGAUGUAUAGAAAAUCAUAAAUCCAGAGCAAACAUCAUGAUUCUCUUAUUGCAGAAGCCUAACAGUGUGGUGUGCAUAUAUUGAGGCCCAUGGAACAUCAAAUGGAUUUAAGUAAUUACAUCUUUUACAGUGGCAAUCACAUCUUGGAAAGUAAUUCUGUGUCUGCUUAGGCCACAGGAGACUGUCAUCUGUUUAAUUACCACAGUAUUCUUUUUUCAUUCUGGGGAAGCUGGGUUUUGAGUAAUAGUGUGCAAGAACUCUCAAAAUGGAAGGACCUUGAAAAAUGCUUCCUGUAUCCAGCAGCAUCUAAAUGGUAAUUUUAUAAUGGAGCACUUUUUGCAGCCUCUAAUUUGAAUGGAAUUGUUGGAAAUAUUUGUGGGAUGUAGACUGAGUAGCAAUGGAAUAUACAAUUGGUCCUUUAAGUACUUAUAGCAUCUAAAAAAUUAAAAGAGAUAUUGGAUUUUGAACCAUGAUCCUGUUAGACCUUUGGGAGUGGUUAUCAGUUUUCCUCAAAUCUCACACAGGAUCUAAAAUUAUUCUUGCUAUGUUUGAGUAGUAGAUUUUUUAGUUAUGCAAAAAGCUUCAGGCUAAAAACAGGAUAAGUUCAAUCCACUCUACUAUGGACUCCUGGAAAGAUUCCUGGACGGUAUCACACAGGUCUCUUCCCACCCAUCCCUCCCUUAACUCACAUGGACUCAGCAUGCAAGAUGCUCUUAUGGGAAAUAGGAAGGUGUACAUAGGACCUGUAAUGGCCUGGAGCACUGAGUAUGUAUGUGUUGCAGGGAAAUGGGUAGAAUAGGGCCGGUACAUUUACCCUAUAUUGAGCCCUAUGAAUUCUAUUAAAGUCUAAAUUCUGCUACCGUAUCAACAAAAAAGACCCAAUAAAUGAUAUCGGGGGGGGGGGGGGGAUAGUGAUCCUGUCUGUCAUCCAAGCAGGUAGAAAAUUGUACACCCUGCUUUUAAUACAUAUUCUAGUUUUCUCCCUCAGUAGGGACAGGUUCUUCUUAGGGAACAGGGAAAGGUGGCCAUUCAAAACCAGUUCUUUCAAAUAGAAAUGGAGUACAUGUGAUAUCACUCAGUAUCACACAAUCUUCUUUUGUGUUAAUGGUCUCAUAUUUUACUUCUAAAAGUACAUUUGAUCAUUCAUAAUAUUUUACAUCUCUCAGUAUUGUAAAGAUAAAAUAUACAAUAGAAAAUAGGAAAGAGCCAGACUUUAAUCUCAGGUAAACUUGCUUACAUUGAGAUUAAAAAGUUAGUUAUUUCCUUUAAAUGUAAAUAAUAUGUUAUUUACUCUUAUUUUAUUACAAUUUGUGUAAAUACUCACUGCUUCUUAUGACUUGGGAGUAGGGUGGAGGGGAACUAUAAUGUCUUCUUAGCUUCUUGUGGUUGUACCUCAAAUAACAUGUUGGUUUUACAUACAAAUAAAAUUGUUUGAUAUAAA